AUGUGGACUGAAGGAGGCCCUGCCAUGUCCGAAGAAGGUGUGGAGAUCUCAGCUGCUGACCUGGGCCGGCCAGUAGACAGGUCUUCGAAGGAAGCGCUGGAAGACUUUGCGAGGCAUUCCAGAGGAAAAUUGAGCUCAUGGUGGGCUCAGCGGAGCUUCGUGCGAGAUGUGCAGAUCAGCGUUUUGGUGGCCACAUGGACUGUGAUCUUAUCACUUCCAGUGAUUAUCUGGCCAUGGGCCGAGUACAUGAACCAUGGAUGGUGCCGGUCUCUGGAUCUGGCCCACUGUGUCACAGAAGAGGGACCAACAGCAGGUGUUUGCAAGAUUAUGUGGAAUUGGUCCGGUGUCCAUUGUGCUCCAGCGAGGCCAAGUGCGUUCUUGAAUCUCUGGGGAACGAUGUUGCUGCAGUUUAUCUUCUCAGUGUAUGUGGAUCUGGGAAGCAGUGUGCGCUUCACACUUCAAGGGCUCUUUGGCACUUCCUUGGCCUAUUUGAACGUGAUGUUUCUGAACAGGAUUCUUGGCUUUUUCCUUGGUGGGGGAGCCUAUGCCCACAGUAUUACUGUCGGAGAGGGUGACGUGAUCUCUGAAUGGCUGCCCUUGUGCAACAACGGCGUCCGGAAGAUUGCGGACGACACUGCGCACUGCUUCUUGAAUCUUUGGAUCGAGAAGACGAGCUGGCUUGGUGUCUUCUCCUUCUCGGUAGUGGCUUUGGACUUCACACUCUUUGUGGUUCUGUGCUUGUCUUUACCCUUCAAUUCAAACCCGCGGAUCUUUGCACUCUCGACCCAUGUCAGCUUCAUCAUGACUUUUGUGGAUCCUUCAGGAGACAGCUUCUCAACGGAGCCCACCUACGCUACAGAAUACCUGGAGAUGAUCGCCCUGGCCGCGAUGAUGGUGUUGUUCUGUUUCUUCAUACCUAAGCGCCGCUUCACUGGGACCGAGGCAGCUCAGGUCUGGGCUAGAGAGGCCACCGAACUGGCCAAAGUGCUGGUGAAGCACUUGCCGGACAGCCUUGAAGAGGUUUUGCGACUGAAGGCAAAGACGUGCCUGGAGACUGCCGAGACGACUUUGCAGGAAUUGAAGAAGAGCGUCAACUCCUCACGCUUUGAGCGCUUCGCUUGGCUGUGGGCCAACGAAGAACGACAUGAACGGCUGGAGCUCCUGCCCAGUUGUUUGCAUCGCUGUUUGCAGAGACUCCCAGCGAUUUACCAAGCUGCUGCUGCUUUGGAAUCUUCUGGGGGCCUCAGCCCAGAGCUGCACCAGUGCCUCGGACAGUGCUGCGAGGCAGCGUCUGCCAAGCUGGACGUUUUCUUUAUGCAGAAUGAUGGUGCUGAUGGUGAACCUUCUCCGGAAGAUGGUGCUGAUGCCUUCAAGGCAGCAGAACAGCAGUUUGCAGUUCUUUGGCACAUGGACAAGGAGCGUCAGCCGGAGGUUUGUGCCUUUGUCCUGGUGGUCCUGGGCGCUUUAGCGGAGCUCAACGAGGUGGUCUCGGACUUCCAGCGUUUCAGAGUUCCAUCGGCUGGCGUCUGCAGCUGUUGGAACCUCCUGGCCAAGUUCAAGACCUACAGUGCCGCGAUCCUUUUUCACAACGAGGACACCGAAGCCAUUCACCCCAGAUUUGUGGUGCGCAAUACGAUCUCAAUUUGCUUGGCGUUCAGUAUUGGAUGGCUGGGAAUUUGGAAUGUGAUGCCGAGCUACUCCUCGUAUGCAGCCUCCACCAUUGCAGUGAUUGUCUACACCUACACGGGUGCGACGUCCACGGUGACUCUACGCCGCUUGAGUGGGGUGGUGCUUGGGAAGGUGGCCGGCUCCAUCCUGCAGCUGGGCCUGGCCGUGAAGCAUGUUGCGUAUGUCAUGGCUUUUGCCACAGCUAUGUGGCUUGUUGUUGCCAUGACCUUUUUCCAAUACCUACAUGCGCCCGCUGACUUGGCAUCUGUCUAUGGCCUCACAGCGGCCUAUGCGGCUGCCAGUAUGAUUCCAAGCAAUGGGGUCUUGCGCGAGAUCACGCAGAACACACAGACCUCAGUGCUGCCAACCUUAAUGAACACUGUGGUGCAGACGGUCUUCGGCAUCGGUUUGAUGCUGGUGGUAGACACCUGCCUGGCCUCCAAGGCCACCAAGCAGGCAAGGCAACGCUUGGUGCGCGCCAUGGACCGGCUGCAACAUUAUUUGGUGGCUUGCGGAGACAGCCGGAUGCAAGCAGAGCAGCUUGAGGCCACGGAACGCCAGAGGACGGCCUUUGUGAAGGACUUAGACGCCUUGAAGGCUUUGCUUCCACAUGCGGCUGCAGAACCCGUCUACUGGUCCAAACCAUUUGAACUGGAGCUUUUCACCCAGUUGGAAGCAUGCCUGCGUCGAGUGGCCGAACAUAUGCUCAUGUUAUCCUGGUUGACCAAAUUGGCGGGGCAAGCCGUGCUUCCCAUGAAAUCUUGGUCGCAGCUGCACCGCUGUUGGCAUGCGCAUGUCUCACGCAGUUGGAGUGAGAUUUGUGGCAUUUGUAGGGGAAUGGCCGAGCCACGGAGAGAUGGCGAUGAACGCCUUCAAGAGAUUCUGAAGGAGUUGGCCGCGAACCUCUAUACCCUGCAAGUGGCAAACAAGGUGAACUUGCGCGUGCCCAACCUGAAGCUGCCCAAGGUGCCUGGUGCCGGCCUGCGCCGCUUGCUGCACAAGGUCGUCCACGAAGGACUAGAUGCAGAUUCUCCGCUGCUUCGCAGGGAUCGAGCCGCCGAGAGAGAGAGUGCAGAACCAGCAGACGAGACCAGCCAAGCAGCUGAAGCAGAUGCCGCCGAGGCAAUACCGGAUUCGGCGGCCUUGGAGGGCUGCAUCGCCGCUGCACGGGCUGAAGCAUUGGAACUGGAGACGGCCGAGACGCUGCCGCAUGAGCAGCUCGGCGCCGCCCGCCGCGCGAGCGGACCGGGAGAUGGGCGCGGAGGCGCCCGCGCCUUCUCCGACCGAGCCGAAGACUCCUCGGACCCCGAGAUCUCGAAGGGCCGGUGGCACCGUGGCGUGGCGGUGACGCCGGGAAGCCCGCGUGGCGAAGCCUGGAAAAAGGAGCCGAAGAAGCUUGGGGUGGUGGCACCUCCAGAGUUACCUCCUGCAGCCAAGAGGCGAAAGGUGAAUGCAUCUUCGCUCAGAAGAAUCACCGCAGCUGAUGAAUCGGACGAUAUUGUUGAGGUUGCGGAGAGUGUGCCUCCAUCAGAUGACGUGGAAGUGGUGGAAGCUCCCAAGAGCGACAAAAAGACGAUAGCCGUGAAGUCCGCGCCAAAGCGGCCUAAGAAGGCAAGCGUGGAGGCUGAGGUUGUCGAGGUGGGAGAGAAGGAAGUGAAGAAGGUCACCACUGAUGAGGACUUCUGGCGUGUUCAGAUCGAAGCCAUCUAUCGACGAAGAAAUCCACACAGGCUGGCUCAAGUGGCGAGCUUGAUGGAGAAGCACAAGGGCAAAGAGCUGAUCUUGUACCAGCAGGUGUGUCAGCGAUACGACUUGAAUCCCAAGAAGUUCUAUGCAGACCCGAAGUCGUGGGAGUCUGAGGACAAGGAUGUCAAGGAUGAUGACGAUGCCCCUGAAGUGUCUCAAAGCGGUGUUCCUUCAUCCAAAGGACUGAUCGACGCUUCCGCCCCGCCGAGCUCGGGGAAGCCAGUCUUUGGCGCUUCAGGAAGUGCUGCUCUCUUUGGCAAAGAAGCUUCAUCAGGAAGUAGCCUGCUAUUUGACAUCCCACCUGCUCCUACGGAUCCGGACAAGAAGAUCAACAUCUUUGCCAGUGGCACGCAAGCAGAAAAGCGCUUUGCCACAGCCGAUUCGGGAAGUCCUUUCGGAAGUGAGAAUUCCAGCAGCCUUUUUGCUUCCUCUGGUGCUAGCUCAGGUGGACUCUUCAGCUUGGCACCUGCAGGCGAGCCGAGCGAGGAGCCGAAGCCCGCCUUCCCUCCAACCCCACUCUUCGGCAGCUCAGAGACGACAGAUGUGCUCAGCGUUCCCAAUCUCUUUGGAAGUGAUCCAGGGAGCAAAGAGGUCAAGAGCAGCACCACGCCGGGCUCGGGCUUCGGAGGCAUUUUCGGUGGCUCAGCCGCAUCAACAGGAGCGAGCGUGUUUGGAAGCAGCUCCGGAAGUCUCUUUGGCGGCAGCUCAUCCUCUACCAGCAUCUUUGGCAGCUCCAAAGAAUCUUCGGGUGCAAAUCUCUUUGGCAGUGCCGAAGCCUCUUCUGGAAGUCCUAAAGAAGCCUCCUCGGACUCAGCAGGUGGAAUCUUCACCUUUGGUUUGAGCAAGGAGUCUAAGGAGCCAGAAAAGCAAUCUGCAGCAAACAUCUUUGGUAGCAGCUCUGGGUCAUCUGUGGGGAAUCUCUUUGGCAGUGGCUCUGGUGCACCAGCUACAAGCCUUUUUAGUGCUAGCUCUUCGGCAUCCUCCGGUGCAAGCCUUUUUGGUAGUGCUUCUGCUUCAUCCUCUAGUAAAGGCUUCGGAGAGAGCUCAAAGGAAUCUUCAGGUGGAAGUAUCUUUGCAAGCGGCUCACUGUCAUUUGGAACAAGCAGUUCGUCAAGUGCGGUGGGACUCUUUGGAACUGGUGCAGUAGGAAAUGAACCACCCAAAGCCAAGCAAUCUACAGGAAGCAUUUUCCUCAGUCCAACAACUGACGGAAACCUUUUCGGUACCAGCAACUCAUCUGCUUCUGCUGGAAGUCUCUUUGGCGGCAGCUCAUCCUCUACCAGCAUCUUUGGCAGCUCCAAAGAAUCUUCGGGUGCAAAUCUCUUUGGCAGUGCCAAAGCCUCUUCUGGAAGUGCUAAAGAAGCUUCCUCAGACUCAGCAGGCGGAAUCUUCACCUUUGGUUUCAGCAAGGAGUCUAAGGAGCCAGAAAAGCAAUCUGCAGCAAACAUCUUUGGUAGCAGCUCUGGGUCAUCUGUGGGGAAUCUCUUCGGCAACAAGGUGGAAGACCAAAGCAAGGGUCCUGGGCAGUUCGGAGCUGAUGCUACCUUCGGACGUCAAAUCUCAGCCUUGUCAGAUCCCUUCGGUUUGAACGCCGAGGAGCCCACGAACAAGCGGAGGGCUAGCCUCGAGUCGGAGGAGACUGGGAACGAACCACGGCGCAAAGCGGACCCUGAAGUCCUUGCAAAGAGAAAGAUCGUGAGGGGGCGCAGGAGCGUUGUGAGCAGCGUGAAGCGCGAGGAGGCACCAAUUGCUGAAUUUCCUCCGCAGCCACCACCAGGUGGUCUCUUUCAGACAGACAUCAGUGGAGGCUUUCCGCCCCAGCCACCAGCGGAGCUGCUGGCGGUGUCCACUCCGCUUGAGACCAGUAAAGCUCCCGAGCCCCAGAAGGCUGAGAAAGAGGAGACGAAAGAAGGGCCGACUCCUGGCGCUGGGGCGGCUGACACAGGUGAGGGGGAUGAGGCGCCUGUGAAGAUCGACAACCAGGUGGAUUUUUGGAGAGUGCAAAUCGAAGCGAUCUACCGGAGGAGGAAUCCCAUUAAGUUGAAAGAGGUGUCAAGCCUCAUGGAGAAACACAAAGGGCAGGAGGUCAUACUCUUCAAGAAGGUCUGCAAAAGAUACGACCUGGAUCCCAGCAAGAUUUACACCCGUGAAGAUGCAUGGGAAGGAGAAGGGAAGGAGUUCAAGGACGAUCCCGAUGAUGAAGGUGCUGCCAGUGCGGCUGCCAGUGCUCCGAUCGCAUCGGCAUCUGCCCCGAUCGCAUCCAUCUUUGGUGACUCCACAGCCACCAGUGGUGGCUCCAUUUUCGGUGCAGCAACUGGUGGCUCAUCCCUUUUCACUUCAGCGGGCGGCACCGGUUCCCUCUUUGGUGCAAGCUCUGGAGGUUCCCUCUUUGGCAGCGGAACGAAGGACCUGUUUGGUGGAACAAGCUCGAGCUCAAGCCUUGGUAGCUCCAUCUUCGGCACCACCAGCAGUUCUUCUGCAGGCAAGUCACUUUUCGGCUCAGCCAGCAGCUCCUCAUUCGGGGAUUCUGGAGCUUUUGCACCUGGGAAGAGUCUCUUUGAUGGCUCCGGCAAUAGUGCCUCCAAGAUUUUUGAGGGAGGUAACCUUUUUGCAGGUGGCAGCAGCAACUUAUUUGGCUCAGGCUCUGGCUCGUCCACUGGGUCACUUUUUGGAGCGCCCAGUGCCAGUAGCUCAUCAGGUUCCAGCUCCGGAUCGAUCUUUGGUGCCCCAGGUGCCCCACCACCGAGUACAGGCAGCAUCUUCUGCGGCAGCGCGGAGCGCUCAGCAUCGGGCUCGCCCUUCGGAGGCGCACCCGCCGCGACGCUGCGGCCCUGUUUGGCAGCUCCGCAGGUUCAGGCUCCGACAACAUCUUUGCCUUUGGUGCUUCAGGCGGUCACGGCGCGGCUGCAACGCGCGCGCGCGCGCGGCUCCGACCGGAAGCCGCCCAAGGGCGGCGGGAAAGCUCCGAACACAUCGGCGAAACAACGCCGCGAAGCAACGGAGAUUGGUUUGUACAUCAUGGAAACUGGUGAGCUGGCCACAGGGACAGUCCUCCCUCAGGAACAGACUGUGCUGCUGCUGUUUCUCUUUGUCGCGAAGGCAGAGUAUUUUGGAGGCAGCCAGCCCAGUGACCCCGUUGCUGUUGUUGCUUACCUCCCGGAGUGGCGCUAUGAAGGCGCCAACUGGGAGACGAUCAGCGAGCACACCACACACCUUUUGCUCUUCUCAUUGGAGAUGACCGCGAAGGGAAAGAUCGUGGCCUUGGACCGCUUCCCUCGCAAGGAGCUUUAUGAGCAAGUCCGCCAGGCAACUCGAAAGCAUGGCACAGCUCUGAUGAUUUGUUUCGGCGGCAAUGGCAGGUCCGAAGGCCCCGCAUGA